AUGAGUGUUGUCUACGAGACAAGAAACCCUCUUCCAACCAGCGCUUAUGUCUCUCCCGAGGACAACCGUGAUCCAAAGGUCACGGCGUUCAAUCACUUGAACCCAAAUGGCGAUCCAACACUCAUUCCGUCUUCUUCGCCCACUCCAUCAGCAAGUAGUCUGGCACCCACCACCCCGCCUAACCAUUAUUCAUCUCCUCCUGCUGUUCCGGAUACUAAGACCGGAACUCCGAAAAACACCCAACCCCGCAUGAAGCCUAUCCCGAAACCCCAGCGACAAGUCGUUAAGAAUCGCGAUGGUAAGUUUAUAUGCACUUGGAACGGCUGCAAUGCUCUUACCAAGGAGUUUUCUCGCAAAUGCGAGUGGAACAAGCAUAUGGAUAAGCAUGAACGUCCGUACAAGUGUCUCGCUGUUGGCUGUGAGAACAUCAAUGGCUUUACGUAUUCAGGGGGCCUCCUUCGUCAUGAGCGCGAGGUGCACCGCAAGCAUGGUGGUCCCAAAAACCCACUCUACUGUCCACAUAAGGGCUGUAAACGCCACAAAAACAGCAGCUUUGCGCGCCUAGAGAAUCUCAACGAACAUUUGAGACGUUGCCACACUUCCAGUGGCUUGGAGGCAUCGACACAGAACGACGAGUCAGAUCUCGCCGCUGUUAAUAGCCACCUUGAGGCGCUUCCUGGUGUCGUCUCUCCCCUUCCAGCGCCAAUCCUCCCAGUGGCUGAUUCUCCAGUCCCCUCUGUCAUCAGCCCCACUAUCGGCAUGAAACGAAAUGCCAACGACGAGGAGCUACGCGAGGAGAAUAAACGUCUUCGAUCCGAGAAUCAAGAGCUGAGAAGGAAGAUUGAAGCGGGCUACCUUCAACAGUGUGCUAUGAUGGAGCAGAUCGACUUGUUGGAGAAAGAGAAAGCCGCACUCCUCGGCCAAUCGAAAGAUGGCGACAUUAUCGAUCAAUCAUCUUCUAUAUCUUAA